AAGUAAAAGUUGGUAAACGUCAACACAUAUGUUUUUUGUGGUUAUGUAGACUUGAAAUUUAUUACGUUAAUUAACAAUUAGAGAAAAAAGAUGCUAAAUUGGCUAUAGAUUUGGUACCUUGAUUAGAUAAGGGAGCAGUGUAGUAUGCGUCCUAAAUAAAUAGUAAUUUACAAUUGGGUGAGGAUGAAUUUGUGAGCUUGAACUGUAAGAAAUAAAUGAAGAAUCUGGAGGAUCCCAGCGACAUGGGACGAAUAAGAGAUUGGAGGAAGGCCCUCAGAAGCCCGCCCUCUUACCGAAUCGUAAACAAGACACUUAGGAACCAAAAACAUUUUAUCACAAUUAUUACCAUGACUGGUCUGCUAGUGCUCUUUAUCUUGUACAUUUUCCCAAAGAAAAUGCAUUCUGAGAGUGUUGUGCUUUCCUCCAAUUACAAUCACACAUAUCCAAUAACGGCUCCAAUUAUCAUAAGUGGCAUGCAUACUUUUCGAAUAGGUAUUAUUGCUGAUUUGGACACAAAUUCCAAGAGCAGUAAAGAGAAGCACACUUGGUAUUCAUAUUUGAAAAAGGGAUUCCUAAGCUACAGCCCAACGAGACAGUCAAUAGUUAUAACAUGGGACAAUCAUGAUCCAGUUAAGUUAACAACGAAUUUCGCCUUGAAGGACAGGGGAAUGGAAUUAUCAGAGUUGGUUGUAUUUAAUGGACGUUUAUUAACUUUUGAUGAUAGAACUGGAAUGGUUUUUGAGAUUAUUAAUGAUAAAGCAGUGCCUUGGUUGUUGUUGAUGGAUGGUAAUGGACAGAAUACAAAGGGCUUUAAAGCAGAGUGGGCAACUGUUAAGAAUGAGCAAUUGGUUGUGGGAUCAAUGGGUAAAGAGUGGACAACUCCAACUGGUGAAUUCCAGCAGAACAAUCCACAAUAUAUCAAAAUGAUCAGAACCAAUGGUGAAGUACAACAUGUGAGUUGGAUUGAAGAAUAUAAAAGAAUUAGGAAUGUUUUAAAUAUACAGUGGCCUGGAUAUAUGAUACAUGAGAGUGGGGCUUGGUCACAGGUGCACCAGAGGUGGUUCUUUUUGCCACGACGGUGCAGCCAAGACAGCUACAAUGAAACUCUAGAUGAACAUAGAGGCUGCUCAGUACUCAUAUCAGCCGACUCCGAUGUCUACGACGUCAAAUUCAUUAAGUUGCCAAAUAAAUCUAAUACUAGGGGAUUUUCAUCAUUUAAAUUCGUUCCUACGUCGAAUGAUACGGUAAUCAUUGCUUUGAGAACUGAAGAAAUUGAUGGUAAAACAUCGACCUACCUCACGGCAUUCGAUAUCAAUGGCAACGUCAUUUUGGAUGACACCUAUGUUUCAGAUCUUAAAUAUGAAGGAUUUGAAUUCAUCUAGCAUUCCAAUACAUUACUAUUAGCUCAAUUCUGUGUAUAAUAAUUGCAUUAACCUUCCCAAUUGUA